AUGGAAUUAAUUUUCUUUUUACAAUAUAGGAUCGAACCGGAAUGGGAUUACCCAACCAUUUCUGGUGAACAUGUACGGACAAUUUAUCCUCUUACAGAUGUCUUUGAUAAUUCUAACCACAAUUUAACUUUCAAUCCAUAUGCUACAUAUAGCAAUUGGGACUCAAUAACUAAUAAGGGCCCAAUCAAACAGGAAGAUGCUUCAAAAAUUCAUUUUUUGUUCAUUGGCGAAGGCUUUAAUGACGAUGAUCCGAGAUUAAAUCGCACCUACUUUAAGGGAGGCGAUAUCGGUAUCACUAUCUCUGGAAACAAAUCUGGCAACUCCAGUUUUUUCGAAGGAACGGGCUCCAUCUCCUUAGCCUUAACAAAAGAUUUCUCUAUGUUCGACAAUUCCAAUUUUAGCUACUAUUGGAUGGAGAAAGCAGAGGAAACCCAAGUUGAAAACUUCUUAGGCAACUUCUCAAAACUCGAAUCUAAUGAGACCAAUUAUUCUUUUGAGAUCAUCAUUAUGUCAUCACCACGUGGUGUUUUCCGAUAUGAGAAAAGGGAAUUAUAUCCAUUUUACCGUUACGACAAUUGGGAUAUUGAAAUCGAAAAGGUUAUUGAAGCUCAGAACAACAAAACCAAUAUUUCAAGUCCUAUCAUUAUAUUCAGAGGCGGCGAUGAUGGCAUGCUCCCAUUGGACUCCCAACAUUAUACUCUUAAUUAUCUUCCACAGACAUUUUUAAUCGGAUCGAGCACAGUUACAGGCGGAAGUGCCUUCUAUUCUCAAUGGUCAUCAGGUCUACUUGCUGUUGUUACAUCUGGAGGACAAGAUACGUUGACUUUUGGAAAAUCCAGAUUUUAUCCAAGUAUUACUGUCGCAAAUUAUACGACUGAUUUAAAUAGAUCUGGCUAUGGAUCAAAUAUGGCCGCCAGUAUCUUUGCUGCUGCUGUUGCUAAGAUGAAAUUGAAAUUUAAUCACACAAGAAUCGAUUACAGAACAGUUCUAUAUAUGGUUGCAUUAACAUCUACAGUUAUUGAUUAUGAACAUCCUCUGUGGAUUAACAAUACCGCUCAUGUUAUGUUUAAUCCUGCAUUUGGCUACGGAAGAAUCAACUUAGAUAAGCUUCUCGAUGAGAAUAUAUUCAAUGAAAUUAAUAGUCUUAAAGGAGAUCUCGUCAAACAUACACUUUAUCUAGUAAAUAAUAAAGAUGAAGAAGAUAACAGACUUAUGACGUUUGCAACAGAAAAAGAAAGGCUUUAUGUAUUUAAUUAUACUAGUACUGAGAUGCAGAGGGUUGAAACAGUACAAUUCUCAUUUUAUUUGAUGAAUUAUACUUUUUCCGAUGUCCAUAUUCGAAUUAAGAGUCCAAGCGGAACAGUAGCUCAUAUCAGACAAGGAGGUAUGGGUGAACAAAAAGGUAUUCAACUUGAUCCUCUUCCAAAAAUGGAAUUUGUAAUAUUAAGUCGAGAAUUUUUCGGUGAAACACCAAAAGGAGAAUGGAAUGUAUAUAUGAAGCAUUGGAACUAUGUACCGCUGGACUCAAUUUGGGGAAUGAAGUUGAAUUUUACAGGAUCAACAAAUUCCAAAAAUUUGACAGAACAUAACCAUCAAGAACACUUAACACAGAAGCCAUAUGUUCAUGAUAACACUCAAAGUGUCUAUUUUACAGACAAUGAAUCAAGAGUUUGCAUGAAAUUACAAAAUGUCACUUUUAAUUUACAAGAUCUUGGCCAACUUUAUCCAGAAAACAUAAAUGGUACAAGCACUGUAUACCUUUCCUACUAUUUACGUAAUGUUGUCAAUGAAAGUACAACAAAUCGAAUUUAUGAUCUCCGACCAAAGCGAAUUAAUUUCACAAAAGGUGAUGAUCAGAACCAGACAAUCACUUAUUCAUUUGUUCCACCAUGUAUUCUUAAAAAUAACACAGAAAUAGUUAUGGGUGUGAGAAAUAUCUUUUCAAACAAAUCAGUUGAAACAGAAAAGUUUAAUUUGAUAAAUCCAUACAAAGUUGGAUUGAUAGGUGUAGAAAAUUAUCAUAGUUAUAUAAAUUCAACAGUUGAAUUUAAUUAUUCUUUUCAUGAAGAUAAGUUGCCAGAACAUGGAAAGACACAGUUUAUUCAACUAACUUUAUAUGAUUUGCACAAAUGGAAUUCUGUUUACGCAUUUUCACAUGUGAAUAAUGGAUCAUUUUUUGUGGAUUUCACAAAAUUAGGUGAUAUUAAAAGAGGAGUUCUCUCUAUAUCAAUGAUGAACACAUCAAGAGAAUGUUCUUCAAUUAUUUAUCCAUUUAGAAGUUAUCUAAAGGAGCCACCAAGACUUCCAAAAAGGAAUUUUUCAAUACCUAUUAAAUACCAAGAGAAAAACUACUGCGAUUACACUAAUAGUUCAAUAUUCGUUGAAUAUGACAGCAAAACAUUUUUUAAAAAUAAUGCAUAUGAUUUCAAAACAUAUGUUGGAGGAAACCCAGACUUAUCUGCAUAUGUAACUCCAAUUGCUAUUCAUGCUGCUGCAACAGCUCUUGUUAUUUUUGCCGUUCAUUUCUUCAAGAAAAAGGAAAAUAAUGAAACAUCAACUGAGGAAUUACAAAAAGAACAACAAUUUACAUCAAAAACAUUGUAA